GCGACGCGGGCUGAUGACGUGAGGCGGCGGGGCAGCUCGGCAACAUGGCGUCUGUGGCUCUAAGUGAGGCGGAGAAGGUGUACAUCGUGCAUGGUGUUCAGGAAGACCUUCGCGUGGAUGGCCGCGGCUGUGAGGACUAUCGAUGUGUCGAAGUGGAAACCGACGUGGUGUCCAACACCAGUGGGUCUGCCAGGGUCAAGCUGGGUCACACAGACAUCUUGGUGGGAGUGAAAGCAGAAAUGGGGAUGCCGAAGCUGGAGAAACCAAACGAAGGUUACUUGGAGUUUUUUGUUGACUGUUCAGCCAAUGCUACCCCUGAAUUUGAAGGUCGAGGAGGUGAUGAGCUUGGCACGGAGAUUGCUAACACCCUUUACCGGAUAUUUAACAACAAGGGCAGCAUCGACCUGAAGUCCCUGUGCAUCAGUCCUCGGGAGCACUGCUGGAUUCUCUACGUGGACGUGCUGCUGCUAGAAUGUGGUGGAAAUUUGUUUGAUGCCAUAUCCAUUGCUGUAAAGGCUGCGCUCUUCAAUACCAGGAUACCGAGAGUUCGUGUUCUGGAAGAUGAAGAGGGGUCAAAAGACAUUGAACUGAGCGAUGACCCUUAUGACUGCAUCCAGCUAAAUGUGGAGAAUGUCCCCUGUAUUGUCACCCUAUGCAAGAUCGGCUAUCGGCACGUGGUGGAUGCUACUCUUCAGGAGGAGGCCUGCUCCUUGGCCAGCUUGCUGGUGGCCGUGACCAGCAAGGGAGUCGUGACGUGCAUGCGGAAAGUGGGGAAGGGCAGCCUGGACCCAGAGAGCAUCUUCGAGAUGAUGGAGACUGGCAAGCGUGUGGGCAAGGUGCUGCACACCUCCCUACAGAGUCUUCUACACAAGGAGGAAAGCCUGGGUCCCAAGAGACAGAAAGUCGGAUUCCUGGGAUGAUCCACCCUCAACGGCCAAGUGUGGGGUUUCUACUUUUCCUUUUAAGCUGACGUUUGUAUAUAUCUUUCUUAGCUAUUAUGAAUUUAAGGCAGCAUCUGAACGUGUGAAAUUAAAGUCCAUUUUCUGGUUUGACUUGGAACGGCAGUAAGCCAAGAUGCCAGUCUGUGACCCCUUAGGUAUUCUUACCCUGGUCUAGCGAAUGACAGCUAAAUCCAGAGAACAAUGACAAGCACACUAGAAUAUAACCUCGCAGAAAAAUCGUUCAAAGGAAAUGCUUAUAAUAUACAUAUGUUGUUAAUUGUCCCCCCUUUAGAGCUUUUAAAAUAAGAAUUACAAAAAGAUAUAGAUUCACCUUGCAUAUUGGGGGUUUCUGUUGCAGGGGGAGAUGGAGGAGGCACUCUGCCCCGGGUACAGACCCAGCUGGUGAGCCUUCCUGAGUUUGGGGAGCCCAGUUUUGCUUUCUACCUACCAAGACAUCCCAGCCUACCUCCAUCUACUUUGGUCCUUAGCCAGUCUCUCUUAUCACUUUCUUUUUUUUUUUUUUUUUGCUUUUUAGGACCACACCUGCGGCAUCGGGAGGUUCCCAGGCUAGGGAUCCAAUCAGAGCUACAGCUGAUGCCCUACACCACAGCAACGUCAGAUCCGAGCCUCAUCUGCAACCGACACCACAGCUCAAGGCAAUGCCGGAUCCUUAACCCACUAAGGGAGGCCAGGUAUCGAACCCACAUCCUCAUAGAUGAUAGUCAGAUUCGUUUCUGCUGAGCCAUGAUGGGAACUCCCCUAUCACUCUUAUUUUGAAAUUGCUUUGUGUUUUAUAACCACUCCCUGGUGUUCUGUAAGAUUUCCAUGCUUUGUCAGCAUUAAGAAGGCUGCUUUAGAGAUGCUGUCAUUUGAUUACUCACCCUGCCUUCAUACUCUGGGGACAGAAGGGGAGGCCAUUCUCAAUGGUGCCAGAAGCCUCUUCCUAUAAGCCUGUGCUCUACUCACAGUGAAGUGUGCUAGGAUUAAGUCUAUUCAUAGUUGAGCAGUCUUUGUGGUUUUUUCCCAGGGGAACUGAAACUCCCCAAUCAGUCUUUAAGAGAGCCCUGGGGAAGGAGCUGAUUCACGAAGGAGAGUAUUUCAGCUGUGGUGUUUACUCUCUGCAUUUCAAUUAGACAAAAAGGGUAAGGAGUUAGGAAUUUAUAACCUAAUGGAAAGAACAUAAUGUGAGUUGAAGCCCUUAUGGUAUGUUCCAAAGGUCUGGCAUGAGCACCUCCUCCUAGCAUGGCCAGGUACAUCCUGUGCCUAGACUUGGAGCUGCUGCCCUGUUGAGAGAAUAGUCUGGGUUUUCAUUUUUUCUGAUAUUUCUCCCCAGUGAUGGUUCUUAGAGGUGCUCCCAGCAAGGUGGCAGUCAGCCUGCUCCUCCUCCCCUCCUCCUAGCUGACUGCCCAUGAUGGAACACUGACAGUGGGGGUGCACAGGUGUGACUAAAGCUUAGAAGCCUUCAGUUUUGAUGCUUAAGGACAUCAGGUAUUUGAGACAAACAGAUGAGGCUUUGCCAGGCCAGUUGUACAGCAGGUACCUAGCUGGGCUGGCUGGCUAAACAGUUAUGGUGCAAAUGAAGGGGAAAAUUAGGUGUUAGCAUCUGCCUCCCCCCCACCCCUGGCCACCCCAUACCUUCCCUUGAAGGCCACCCUACGUGGAAGAAGUGUAUAUCGCACGUGAAACAGAAUACCAGGUAAGCAAGGUCUCUCAAGGAUGGGAGUACAUUGGAAAUGUGUGAUUACUGCACCUUUCAGAGUAAGGGAAGAGAAAAUUAAAGGCAGGGAGUAGCCUUGGAAAAAAUUGUCCUGAGGAAAUCCACUGCUUCCUCCAGCAAAACCAGAGCGGUCUUCAGUGGCCAAAUAAAUAAAUAACAGGGAGGACUUCCUGUCAUGGCUCAGCGAUAAUGAACCUGACUAGUAUCCAUGAGGAUGGCCUCACUCAGUGGGUUAAGGAUCUGUUGCCACAAGCUGUGGUAUAGGUCACAGACACGGCCCAGAUCCCACAUUGCUGUGGCUGUGGCACAGGCCAGCAGCUGUAGCUCCAAUUUGACCCCUAGCCUGGACCUUCCAUGUGCUGUAAGUGCAGCCCUAAAAAAUAAAAAAAAAAUUUUUUAAAGUCAGGGGGAAGGAUUGAGGUCAGCCAAAAGUCAGUUAAGAGCUUGGGGAGGGUGGGCAUGGAGGGAAUGCAGUAUUAUCUAAUAUUCAAGUUAGUUUUGUUGUUCCUGUUAUUCCAAAUAAUGUAAAUUCAAGCCUGCACAACACAUGAAUUUAGAAUAUUGGCAGUAGUUUGUUUUUGCUUAGUAAAGGCAGUGAUCUCACAUAUAGCUGCUGGUCCAGCAUAAAUCUGUACUACUCAAAACUUUUUAACAGAUACACGCUACCAUAGAUAAACAGUAAGGAUUUACCAUAUAGUACAGGGAACUAUAUUCAGUAUCUUGUAAUAACCUAUAAUGCAAAAGAAUCUGAAGAAGAAUAUAUAUGUGUAUAUAAAGGAAUCACUUUGCUGUAUAUCUGAAACUAACACAAAAUUGUAAAUCAAUUAUACUUCAAAAAAAAAAAAACAAACAAAGCCAACUUUUUGGAAAUAAUCUGGCAGUGUGUAUUAAAAGCCUUAAAAAUUUCA